AUGGCCGCCUCCACCAUGUCUGUCUGCUCUGACGCUUGCACUAACUCCUCCUGGCAGGUGGAUGACUGCCCAGAGAGUUGCUGUGAGCCCAGCUGCUGCCAGCCCAGCUGUUGUGUCCCCAGCUGCUGCCAACCUAGCUGCUGUGCCCCAGCCCCCUGCGUUACUCUUGUCUGCACCCCAGUGAGCUGUGGGUCCAGCCCCUGCUGCCAGUCUUCCUGUGCACCAUGCUGCCAGCAGUCUAGCUGCCAGCCAGCUUGCUGCCCCUGCUCCCCCUGCCAACAGCUCUGCUGUGUGCCUGUCUGCUGCAAGCCUGUCUGCUGCACACCCAUUUGCUGUGGGUCCUCAUGCUGCCAGCAGUCUAGCUGCCAGCCUUCAUGCUGCACCUCCUCACCCUGUUGUAUGACUCUUUGCUGCAAGCCUCCCUGCUGUGUGCCAGUUUGCUGCAAGCCUGUCUGCUGCACACCCAUCUGCUCUGGAUCCUCAUGCUGCCAGCAGUCUAGCUGCCAGCCCUCAUGCUGCACCUCCUCACCCUGCUGUCUGACUCUUUGCUGCAAGCCUGUCUGCUGCACACCCAUCUGCUCUGGGUCCUCCUCAUGCUGCCAGCAGUCUAGCUGCCAGCCCUCAUGCUGCCAGCCAUCCUGCUGUGUGCCUGUCUGCUGCAAGCCUGUCUGCUGCAAGCCCUGCUCCAGCGUGUCCCUGCUCUGCCGCCCUGUGUGCAGACCCGCCUGCUGUGUGCCCACCUCCUCCUGCUGGGCCUCCUCCUGCCAGCCCAGCUGCUGCAAGCCCUGCUCCAGCAUGUCCCUGCUCUGCCGCCCUGCCUGCUCCAGCCAGGCCUGCUGUGGCCUCUCCUCAGGCCAGAAGUCCAGCUGCUGA